GGGUCGGGGCUCCUUUGUGCUCGGUCAUGGCGGCGGGAGCGGGCGGCGUGGAGGCGGGAUUCUCCAGCGAGGAGCUGCUGACGCUCCGCUUCCCGCUGCACCGCGCCUGCCGGGACGGGGACCUGGCGGCGCUGUGCGCGCUGCUCCAGCACACGUCCCGCGCCCACCUGGCCGCCGAGGACUCCUUCUACGGAUGGACGCCCGUGCACUGGGCCGCGCACUUCGGGAAGUUGGAGUGCUUGAUACAGCUCGUGCGAGCCGGAGCCACGCUCAACGUCUGCACCACCCGGUUUGCCCAGACCCCGGCCCACAUCGCCGCUUUUGGCGGACACCCGCACUGCCUGAUCUGGCUGAUUCACGCAGGAGCCAACAUUAACAAACAGGAUUGUGAGGGGGAAACUCCUAUUCACAAAGCAGCACGUUCUGGUAGCAUGGAUUCCAUAAGUGCCCUCGUGGCUAACGGGGCUCAAAUCGACUUAAGAAAUGCCAGUGGCCUGACCGCAGCCGACAUUGCACAUGCCCAGGGUUUCCAAGAUUGUGCACAGUUUCUCUUGAACCUCCAGAACUGUCACCUGAAUCGUUUCUAUAGUAACGGCACCUUAAAUGGGGUUCAGCCAAAUGCAUUUGCCCAUCACGGUAGUGUUGGGGCCAACCGAAAGAGAUCCUUUGAAGAGGCGGAAUCCGCUGGAGUAAAGAAAGCUAGAACCGAAGCCCAGGGCUUUACCUACUCCACAUCCAUACCGAACGGUGGAACGGAGGACGAAGCUGACAAUAUGCACAUUGAUAGAGAGUUUGCCGUCGUACCAGAUAUGACUAGCGGUAGCCCCGUUUUGAUUACACUGACAAACAGUGGCCUCGUCAGUGGACAUUCCGACUUCAGCCCCCCGGCGCCUCUCGCCGCGACGGACCCGAGGAAUGGCGAAAGUUUCAUCCCGUCUAACGGGAUCCACUGCCGGAUGGCGCCAGGCCCGCCUUUCGCCAACGGUCAGAGAGCCUGCCCCGACGCCGGUCUCGAAGAGCCGGAGAGGACCACGAACGUUGCCUCUGACAUGUGCGGGUCCCUGCAUCUGAACGGGAGCCCUAGCAAUUGCGUCGUUAACAGGCCGUCCUGGGUGGAAGAUCUGGGCGAUCACCUCCACUACGGGCAUUACCACGGGUUCGGGGACACGGCGGAGAGCAUCCCCGAGCUCAACAGCGUGGUGGAGCACUCGAACUCCGUUCGAGUGGAAGAGAAAUACGACAACACCGUCCUGGGCACGAUGCACCUUUAUCACGGCUCCUAAAACACCCGCCGGAUCUCCACGGAGGGAUUCCCGCUACCGACUUUCCUCCGGAAACGUUCUCCUUAGCAUUCACUUGGAGGCAGGAAGGGGCGCGGAUUUGUUUUCUUUUAUAUAUACCCCGUCCUCUCUGGAAAAAGUAACCCUUGCGGCAGACCCGCUCGCUAGAUAGCCUUGUUGGGGGGUCUCAGUCUGCAGCCCAAGCAGGGCCGUUGGAUUAAGUAAGGCACGGUUCGGUUGGACUCGCCGGUCCUUUCACAGAACGCCCCUGCCUGUUUUGUCGGCUUUUUUGGUUUCUGCCUUUUGUUCCUAACUCCUGCGCUUUUGGCGUUCUCCUGUUUGCGAAGCCCGAGGUGAGGGCGACCGGGCAGCAGUUCGAGGUCAAAAAAGAAGAAGUUUUCAGUUGUCCCACCCAGGCAAUGCUUCUGUUUCCUCCACCCCUCUAAGGCCGCGGUAAAAGGGGUCUCUCGCUAUGCAAGAAUCGAAAUGCGUUUCACCUUAAUAAACAGCUCUCUCCCUCCGCAAUGUGCCUGUGGAGAAUGGGACUCUGACUGAGGGCCAGAUCGAUUUUAAAUGACUCCAGGUGUGGCGUUGAUCCUGCCCAGCCUACCGUUUGGACUCCCUGCUUUCGGGAAUUAAAGCGGACUGCUUGCCCCCCCCCCCCCCCCCCCCCCCCACAAUAAAAUCGCAAACAGGUGCAGCCUUGAUUAAUACCAUUUUUCUUCUGCUUUUCUAGUGGAUGUGCUUAAUGCUUUACCAUAGAUCACCUAUUAGACGGAUGUUUGCACGGUUUCCUUUUUCCCGUAACUCUAGGACUCGUCAGGUCGAAAUAUUUCAAUUUAAUGGUUUUGGUAUUUUUUUUUUUUCCACGUUUCGUUUGGUUUCAUGUUUUUGGUUUGGUUUCGUACGAUGCUUUUGAAAAAAUAGUGCUAUGCAUAUCCUACCCACCAAGCCCCCUUUCCCCGAGAUGCCGUCGUGUUUAUUAGUUUCACACAUCAGCCUUUCCGCGGCUAAUGGCUUCACUGUGCAAGUAUUGGAAUAGAAGUUUUUGCUUUUGUGACUGGCUCAUAAAGACCGGUGGAGACUGAGAAAUGUCUUAACCAACCAGUGGCCUAUGAACUGUACUAACUGUUUUGUUUAAAAAGGGACCUUUCCAAACUGAAUCAAACGAAUAAAACGUAUACUCUCACUUGA